AUGACCAACGCACCACGGAGCCCGUCGACCAAGAGCCAGGCUAGUCUUCGGGAUACUGGCUUCCCUGAGCCCUUCAACGGAGAACGCAACACCACACUGCCGCAUCCCGACGCCAACCUGUCACCCGAUGCUGUCAUCUCGCAAGACGACAUUAGCGGCCAACGAGUAAUGGCCCGCACGCGGCGUUCGUUCCUUCAGAAGCACAGGCGCACCAUCAGCCACGGCGUCAUCACGCCUCAAAUGGCCGCACUCUACAGCCAAGAGGCCCUGCUAGAGUCCGACGCCGAAGCUAUUUUCGACGCCGACGGGCCCUCCAACGCCAGCCACUUUAGCCUACCCGUUGGUCGCCCGCAUAGCAAGGACGGCACCGAGAGCAUCGUCUCCCACACAGCCGGGGACCUCUCGCCCGUCUUGUCGGCACAGAGCGGCAGCAGCCGGAGAAACAGCUUGUUGAAGAAGUUUGGCCUGCGGAAGUAG